GGAGCUGCCAACCACACAGGCAGCUCAGGGCGCUGCUGAACAGGAUGUCCGCAGACGACCGGCACCUGGUCUCCAGCUGCGGCUCCUUCAUCAAGACCGAGCCAUCCAGCCCGUCCUCGGGCAUCGAUGCCCUCAGCCACCACAGCCCCAGCGGCUCGUCCGACGCCAGCGGCGGCUUCGGCCUGGCCCUGGGCGCCCACGCCAACGGUCUGGACUCGCCGCCCAUGUUCGCGGGCGCCGGGCUGGGAGGCACCCCCUGCCGCAAGGGCUACGAGGACUGUGCCGGCGGCAUCAUGGAGGAUUCGGCCAUCAAGUGCGAGUACAUGCUCAACGCCAUCCCCAAGCGCCUGUGCCUCGUGUGCGGGGACAUCGCCUCCGGCUACCACUACGGUGUGGCCUCCUGCGAGGCCUGCAAGGCUUUCUUCAAGAGGACCAUCCAAGGGAACAUUGAGUACAGCUGCCUGGCCACCAACGAGUGUGAGAUCACGAAACGGAGGCGCAAGUCCUGCCAGGCCUGUCGCUUCAUGAAAUGCCUCAAAGUGGGGAUGCUGAAGGAAGGUGUGCGCCUUGAUCGAGUGCGUGGAGGCCGCCAGAAAUACAAGCGACGGCUGGACUCAGAGAGCAGCCCGUACCUGAGCUUACAGAUUUCUCCUCCUGCUAAAAAGCCAUUGACUAAAAUCGUCUCCUACCUGCUGGUGGCUGAGCCGGACAAACUCUACGCCAUGCCACCCCCUGGCAUGCCAGAGGGCGACAUCAAGGCUCUGACCACUCUCUGUGACCUGGCAGACAGGGAGCUCGUGGUCAUUAUUGGCUGGGCCAAGCACAUCCCAGGCUUCUCCAGCCUCUCUCUGGGGGACCAGAUGAGUCUGCUGCAGAGUGCCUGGAUGGAGAUCCUCAUCCUGGGCAUCGUGUACCGCUCGCUGCCCUACGACGACAAGCUGGUGUACGCUGAGGACUACAUCAUGGACGAGGAGCGCUCCCGCCUCGCGGGCCUGCUGGAGCUCUACCGGGCCAUCCUACAGCUGGUGCGCAGGUACAAGAAGCUCAAGGUGGAGAAGGAGGAGUUUGUGACGCUCAAGGCCCUGGCCCUGGCCAACUCAGAUUCCAUGUACAUCGAGGAUCUGGAGGCGGUCCAGAAGCUGCAGGACCUGCUGCAUGAGGCGCUGCAGGACUACGAGCUGAGCCAGCGCCACGAGGAGCCGCGGAGGACGGGCAAGUUGCUGCUGACGCUGCCCCUGCUUCGGCAGACGGCUGCCAAGGCCGUGCAGCACUUCCACAGCCUCAAACUGCAAGGCAAGGUGCCCAUGCACAAACUCUUCCUGGAGAUGCUGGAGGCCAAGGUCUGAUGGCCUGGCCCAAGGACCGAGUCCCACCCAAGGACAGACAAACCGACGGGGAGACCUCCACAGCCACCAGCCUCAACAUUCAAGUCCUGUAUCAUGGCCGCGAGCAGUCCCAGGGGAAGGGGCUCCUGGCCUCCUGGCUGUGUGCAGAGCCCUGGGUGCUGUGGGGUAGGGAACGGGGAUGGGAGGGCAGGGCGCGGGGCUCAUCUGUAACUGGCUUUUUCUUUGGUAUGUUUUUCCUCCGCCACGGGCAACGCUGAGGCCUGGGCCAGAGCUGACUCCCCUGAGGCUGGAGACCACCGUGGAAGUGCCCC